UGCACGCGACAGCAUCUAUCCUGGCUCGGUCGUCGUGCUCGCUCGCGCCUUCUUCCUUCCGAUUGCGAUAAUAUAACGGGGGCCGCCGCGGCAUCAGUGACUGCCGCCACGUCCUACGGAGUGCACCCACGCUCUUUAGCAUAUCUCCGUACGUCUAUUUAGCCACGUGCUCACGUAAUCACAAAGAUUUUUAUAUUUUCACCGACUGACGAUGUCACGCGUUCACUCUUGACCUCGUGAUCCGCAAUCGUUGCUUCGCUACUGGACAUUGGUACACGGAAGUCGCGACGCGAAUCGGCGGAAGUUUCAGCAGAAGGUUGUGACAGGACGUGUGAGACAGAGGCGGGAGACGUCGGAGUGGAUAUAGAAUCUGGCCUCGCGCCAGGUCCGCGUGAUUUGGAAGGUGUUAUCCUCGGGCCGAUGACAGCUACUGAACGAGAGUGAGGUUACCCGGACCGGUGACACGGUCAGGGACGGUGGGUGGUGCGUCCAGGUUCGAACUAGACGGCAUGACUGGUACGUAAGGAAACGCUAAGUGGUAGGAGAGGUUAAGGUGGAGGAGGACGAGGAGGAGGACGAGGACGAGGAGGAGAUGGCGGUGUCGGAGGUGAAGAAGGGGGCGUAGAAGGUGUCGGAGAAGGUGCAAGUGAGAAGGAGGUUUUCGUGAAGUGCUAAACGCGGGUGACUUGUGCUAGUGACAGGAGUAUACCGGCUAUAUACACUGACAGUGACAGGAGACGGUUGAUGCAUUCAGUGUUCGACCGAGUGUUUACGUCGGCCUCGAGGAAGGUCCGCGUGUUCCCCGAAGGGCCGAGGUCGAUCCAGUAGUUAGGAUUAUAAGAAGAAGCUCAGCACGUUGGAUCUCGCGGCGGUGACAGCUUACGGGGGCGUACCCGGUCCCAGGGUCGCGCUGGCGGGUACCGGGGUCCUAGCGCUACCCGGUCACCAGAUCCCUGCGAACACGCCAGCAUCCCCAAGGAGCAAGUCGGCAGGGUUGGCGGGCCUGGACAGCGAGGCGGUACGUCGGUGGGUCGCCGAGGCAGCCAGGACAGUCCGGCAGAUACCAUCUGCCGGUUCCCAUCAUCGUCAUCAUCAACGGGAGCAACAUCAGAGACAUCGGUCCCAGCAUCAUCAGAACGACAGGCAUCAGCAUCGCCAGGAGGAGCCUCUCGGUACCGGAUACGUUAUACCCUCGAUGACGCAGACGCCGAGCAUGCAUCUCCUGGAGAACAACGACCUCGUCGAGGCGAUGGCGCAGCAUCAACAACAUCAGCAGCACCAGCAGACCCAACAUCAGAGCAGUCCCUCGCGACAGGCGCAGCAGUCCCAGCAGAUACAGCAACCUCAGCAGCACCAGCAUCACAGUAAACAGAAGCAGACCAGUCCUACGAACAAUAACACUAUCGAGGUCUGGAGGUCGAUACAGGGUCAUCAAUGGUGGAGUCCACCCAGCGCGAUACAUCAGGAACAGGUGUCCCAGACCCAGGUAUCUGGCUCGGCCAUGUGCCAGCCCCGUAGGAUCACCGACAAUCAGACCUCGGCCGAGGUCGAUCAGCCCCUCGACUUCUCCGUUGGUUCCCUUCAGCAGCAGAUCAUUCAGGAACGAGCCAGGACUGUUCACGAGAGACUCCAGGGGCGGAUUCACGAUAACAACAACGGCUCGUCCCUCGCGCUGAAGACUAUUCGCGCCACGGGACGACGUAGUUACAGUCCUAGUGACGAGGCCAGCACCAGCGGCAGCGAGGACGAGGGCGUAUCUACGGGCGGAAGUCCUUCGGGACCUCUACGGGGCGUCGAGACCGAUGCGUGCGAGUCACUUGUGGAUCGACCUUACGGUAAAGUCUGGGUGGGCGAUAACGAAGUGGCAUGGCGAACGGAUCACAGCUUCAGAAGAAGUUCGCCAUUGAAUCCUUGUAGUACGACGAUAACGACGACAACGGCAGGUGGCGGCGCAUUAGCGCAUCCCGACCUUUCACCCCCGAUAGCAGCGCCGGUUACGACACCCGAACACAGAAGCACAGCAACCCUUCAGGCGAAGCUGGAAGGUCACUCUCCUGCGAGCGAUGCUCUUGGCAGGAUCGACAAGGAACCCCCGUCACCGGAAUCUAUACAGGAUGCGGAUCUUCAUGGUGAUGUUGACGGACCUGAACUUAGCGGCGAUGACAGGAGUAUCGCCAGCGAUGUUCAGGAUGGACACGAGGCCAAUUUGGAUCACGAUUCCAUGGACUCGGACAGGGAAGCUCUUAAUUUGGUCACGGACGUUUCGCAACGGAAUAGCAGCAGUGGUACCAGUGGUAGCGCGUCUUCGCCAAGUUCCGGUGUGAGUAGCCAACUGACCGGAAGUCACGCGGGUAACACGGGAAGCUCCCAGGCGGCAUUGGCGGCUCAAUUAGUCGGUCAACAGCUCCUGAUGCACGGAUCGCUUGGGGCCUUAAGUCCCCAGGAGAUUCAGGCGCUCGCAUCGACGCUACAACAACAACAACAGUCCCUCCAGCAACAGCUACAACAGUUCGCCAUGUUCCAGCAGGCAAAUCCAGCAGCAGCGGGACAACUUCCGGCGCAGGCGCAAUUCUUCUUACAGAAUCAGGGGCUGUUGCAGAGCGGUGGCUACCCCCAGAGACCAAGUCAUCCGCGCUCACAGUCCAUGCAGGUUCAACAAGCAGUGGCGCAGGCAGCACAACAGUUACAGGCCCUGCAGAAGCAGCAAGCGCUACAGGGCGGAGGUGGCUUGGUGGGGAGGAAUUUGGCACAACAAAGAUCACCACCACCCCCUGGUACUCCACCUGCCGUAAAACCACCCCCGACCAGGUUGGAACCAUCGCCCGAAGAGACCACAGACCUGGAGGAGCUUGAGCAGUUCGCCAAGACGUUCAAGCAGAGGCGGAUCAAGCUCGGCUUCACUCAGGGUGACGUUGGCCUCGCUAUGGGGAAGCUGUAUGGAAAUGAUUUUUCCCAGACGACGAUCUCCAGGUUCGAAGCGCUUAAUCUGUCUUUCAAGAACAUGUGCAAGCUCAAGCCCCUCCUGCAGAAGUGGCUCGAGGAUGCGGACAAUUCUUUAAACAACCCCAAUUCCCUCUCUAACCCCUUGACGACCCCGGAGGCAAUAGGAAGACGGCGGAAGAAGCGAACGUCCAUAGAGACCAGUGUACGGGUCGCCCUGGAGAAGGCCUUCAUGCAGAAUCCCAAACCCACGUCUGAAGAAAUCACGAUACUGGCCGACAGUUUAGCCAUGGAGAAGGAAGUGGUGCGAGUCUGGUUCUGCAACAGGCGACAGAAGGAAAAGAGAAUCAACCCCCCCACGGCUGCCAUGGGGAGUCCCACAAUGGCGUCACCGGCACCCUCAGUCUUUGCAUCCCUUGCCAGCUCGAUGUCCGGGAGUCCACUGGCACUCACGACACAUUCCUCGGGGAUGGGACAUUCCCACCCUCAUCCAACACCCUUAGGAUCACCCUUACCGCUGGCGCUGGUCGCCUCGGCAGGCGGUAAUUAUCAUCCACUCGGUGGUAAGUCCCACGAGUGACACCAGCCUGCGGCCCAACAGGGGGACGCUCUCUAUAAUCAUCACCAUCAUCAUCGUCAUCAUCACCAGCAGCAGCAGCAACAACAUCAACAUCAUCAACAACGACGCUUGUGCAAUCUCCCCGAGUUCUAUCGCUAAUUGGUAGACCGGUCUCUUUCUUUUUCUUUUUUCUUUUUCUUUUUCUUUCCUUCGUCGCCGGAGGACUAAACUCUGGGUGGUACCGGAAGACUCUGGACUCUUCUUGCCGGAAACUCAUAGAAUUCACCGAUCUUUCUUUUUUUUUUCUCGCGGAAACCAGAGUCUACGAAGAGGAUAUCCAAAGGCGAGAAAAUUUGGAGAAAAAGCAGGAAACGAACAAUUUAAGAUUGUGGAAUCCAAAAAAUGAGUAAAUAACAGUGAAUUGAACCGGCUUGGAGUCCGCCCAGAAUAAUAAUAUCGAUCACUGUGUAUAUAGGUAGUAAAAGGUUAUUAGUAUUGUCAUUAUCAUUAAUUAUUAUUAUUCGAUAUCAAAUCGAGAAGGAAGAUCCCAAAGAUACGCGUCCUUUUUUUUUUAUAUAUAUAUUCCCAUCGAACUUACGAAACGAAAGCGAAACGGGAAGAUAAGAGAUAACUGAUUAAUUAGAGAACAUUAAUAAAAGGGUACGUGGGGAAUCGCUCGGAAAUAUUUUUUAAUCAAAUUUUUUUUCCUUGACUAUUUAAGUACUCUGCCAUCGGUCAAUUUGGGUAUUCCCUUAUUCUCAAAAAAAAUUGUUCUACAUUUUUUUUUAAUUCUCGUUUCUCUUAUUUCUUCUUCUCGUUCUAACGCGACAGCCAGGCUGUACCAUACGCCAGACAAAUAGUGACGGCUAAGAUCUCGUAGGGCUUUAGUCGACCUUAAGAGAACGAAUUACGUAAUCUUUAUUUAAUUGUUAUUAAUAAUUAUCAAGACAAUGUACCUAUUUCUGUUCCAGACCCACUUCUUGUCCACCUUAUUAUCGCUAUUUGUAACUAUUAAGUAUUAAUUAUUAACUACUAAUUAUUUUAUUUCAUUAUUAUUAUCGCACCAUCUAUUUAUGAUUAUUCGUAUUUGUUAUUCGGUACUCAAAUACCAUGACAGACCAAAAUAAUGUUAUCGUUAAUCCGGUGAACGUUUCCUUUUUUUUCUUUUCUCUUUUUUAACCAUCUAAAUUUUCACAAAUUUUUACGUACAAUCGGGCAAUCGAAAUUUUUGAAAUUUUCUUCAACUUCAUCGUGUCUCAAUUUAUCCAGUGUUAACUCUCAUUCCCAUAUGGUUCACAUAACGCUUUCGCGAGUGAUGACAUAUUUUAGUUUUUUUUUUUGUUACUGUAACAUUAGUCUAAUUCAUCCGUACAGAUAUACGUAACGUACCGAUAGAGGCUCUCUUUUCGACUCUUCAGUGUCAAUAAUACAGACUCACAGUCUUCCAAGAGUAUAAAGUUCCUAUGCGAUGCGACGCGACUUCCGGCGAGCCGUGCGAGAGCUGUUCUAUUGAUUCUUCAUUUUUUCUUCUUCUUACUUCGCGUAACUAUCAAAAUGUAUAAUAGUUGUAACUGUUCGUAUUACGAAUUUGAAAAUAAUUUUUGGAACUUUCGAAUAGUCCGAAAGGAGACAAUCGAUUGCGUAUAAGACGAUCGAUUGAUUCUUUUCCGAUAAACAAAGAAUUUUCAAAAAAAAAAAAAAAUAACGACCGUUUCGACAUUUUUAUAAGAAAUACGAAAUUUCGAUAUGGCCAUAUAUCACGUUUACGUACAACUCACGUAUAUCAGUUUGCGUUUUAUUAAACGUAAUUUUUCAUUGUUAUUCCAAAAAAUUUAAACUUCACCUCAAAAAUUCAUUUUCCAAAAUCGAACGAUUAUCUCUUUCACUUUGAAAAUCAUAGAAAAUCAAAUAGCUCCGAUCACUUUCAUACGAAAGAAGAAAUAAUUUUCGAUUUCCUUUACGAAUGGUGUCAAGUAGUAUUAAAGAAGAUGACAGACGACACAAAUUUUUGUAAAUAGGAUACGUCGUUCGCGAAGAUCUCUUGCGAAAGCUUUGAAAAACCAGGGCUGUAGCAAGACAAUUGUGAACCCAACCCUUAUUUCCCCGUGUUAGCCCCUUCUCUUGACUUGUACAGAAUGCCCCAAUGACUUGACUUCCCUCGACGAACUAUUUAAUUCCAAAUCGACCAAAAUUCAAGGUCCUCCGCGCGUUGAGAACAGGGUCACGUAAACUUUAAUAGAAACGCGACAAAAUCCGAUCAGUUUGUACUAAUGCAGUGACACGUACGAUACAGAUCGUUUUAAAUUUAACAAUCAAUAUCAGCAGCAACUGACAUUAAUGACUGAUCGGAUACUGCGAUAGUCAAAAUUGAAAGAAAAAAAAAAAAAAAAAAAUGAAAAGAAAACGAAAUUGCAGAAUCGAUUACCAGAAAAAAAAAUACAACCAAAACUCGCCAUACGCAUUAAUUAAUUAAUUACUUCAUAGUAUAUCACAUCAAUCUUUUCUCUAUUUAGAACAAGUACAAAUUUUCCGAGUUUCAUAUUUCACGGUGGACAUUUUUUUUUUUUUUUUUUGUAAAUCUAUCCCAAAAAACUGGUAUCGGAUCCAUGCGAUUACGAAGUAUAUCACCGAUUUCGUUUUUUUAUUUUUUUUUAUUUUUCAUCUCGCGUGGUGAAUGUAACCCGGUGUUACGAAAUUCUAUGUUUCCUUUAAUUAUCGCCUGUCGACGAACAACAACCAUGAAUGGCAUGCAUAUAUAUAUAUAUAUACAAAAAUAUAUAUACAGAAUAUGUAUAUAUACCAUAUAUAUAUAUAUGCAUGUAAACCGCGCAUAAGCAUCUCUAUAAAUUAUAUAUAAAAAAAAAUAAAGAAAUAGGGACUAUAUCAAUACUACCAGUAAGCACGCGUAUCUGAUUGUACGUUACAUAAAAUAUAUACAUAUAUAAAUAUAUAAAUAAAUGUAUUGUAAAUAGUAAGAGGUAUAAAAGACAACUAGACGAAAGACGGGAGUAAUGAUCACGGCGUCUGGCGCAUCGUUUAAAUCGUGCCGGCGAAUUUUUCGCGUUACACUGAUAAGCCAACCUUUUAAUUAAUAUGUAAUAAUAAUUAUUAUUAUCGUGUACAUUGUGAGAUUUUUUAUAAAAAUGGGACGCGCUGUUCCUCCGCGUAGACGUGCACCGACGAGGACAAUGUGCGUUUCAUCCCCUGUGAAUAUUUGCACGUGAGCCUGACAGAGUGUAUGGAGUAUGUGAAGGGUAUGUGCAUACGUGUAAAAGGGUGAUAUAUAUCGUUUUUUUUUCUUCUUUAGUUUCAAACGCGCGAAUCGAAUUCCAGAGUCGUGGACCAAGUAUAGUAAAACGAAAACAAAAGUUCCUAAACGAAGAUUAAAUGGGAGACGGAAGAGAGAGGGGAAAAAAAAAAGAAAAAGAGAAAGAAAAGGUGCGAAUGACUUGUGACAGCCAAUAGGAGGGAAUGGACUGUGCGUAUGUGUAUAGUUGAGAGUAUGUGCAAGUGCAAGGGUAAUUAGUGAUUGUAAUUAAAAAAAAAAAAUGGAGCAUGUAUUUGUAUGGGUAUGAAUCGUGUGUGGAUGUGAAUGACGCGCAUUGGACGACGCGAAAAAAAAAAGAAAGAAGGGACUUUUAAAGUGUAGAGAAAAUUUUGGAGGUGAGAGGUCGAAUCGACUGAGCGGCGGGCAAUUGCUCUAACGAGGUCUUGUUGUAGAUAAUUAACGAAGGAAAAGCGAAAUUACCCCUAGCGCUGUACUGUAAGGAAAUUUGUGGUAUCGGCGAUAAGAGGAUGGCUGAUAUCGGGGGUAAGAUUGAAAAUGGAGCAUCCCUUAAUAAAGUAUGGUCGUAAUGUUUUUCGGAAAAAUUUCAUGCCGGUUGUAAAGAUUGCGACAACCAACCUACCCUUCGCCACUCCGACAACCCCGCCCGACCCCGACUAGAGACAUUAUCGUAGCGACGAUUUAUUAUUAAUAUUAUUUCAUUAUAAUUUUAACUUUUAUUAUUUCAAAAUAAAAACGAUAUAGAGAUUUCA